AUGUUCUGCUCGACUGGCUCAUGCACUUGUCUCAGUAACUUUGUCGCUAUACAAGGUUACUGCUAUCUCAAGAAGAAUCCUGGCGAGAGCGGUUGCCAGUACGCCGAGCAGUGCAGCGCUGUCUGGCCAGAAAGUCGUUGCGAGAAAUCGCGUUGUGAAUGCCCAGAAGACGUCAACGGAAUCCCAUAUGUACAGGCUAAAACUCGUGACGGUGUCAUCUGUAUCCUCCAUUCGGGUGAGGACGGCGAUCCCGUCCCAAAAUGCCCACUGCCCGAAUAUGAUGACGACCUUCUGACUAUGCCUGUUUCGCAGUUGAGAAAUCCCGCGAUGACCGAUCCAGAUGAUUCGGAUGUGGAAAUGGGCGAGCAUGUAAAUCCGCUACAAUUCUGUUCAUCUUCGUCAACGGAUUACACAAAUUUCGUCCCUAACGGUGGUGGAGCUUGUGUAUAUUCGCAAGAUCCGCAGAGUGGAGAUGGCAUUUUUAUCGCUGACAUCUACGACUGCGUUACCUCGUCAGCUUCCAUGGCGAAUGUGAAGACCGCGAUGGAAGGAGUUUAUGACAUCAGUCCAGCUGCUGAUGGAAUCUGUUGUCCGAAUAGAGGUUUGUUUAUAUCUUAG